AAGAAGCCUCUCUAGGCUCUACUAGUUACUAGUUUGUUCAAAUACCAGUAUAUUUAUUGAAUUAUUUCGUUUAAUAAACGUUUAAUUACGCGUUGACGGGCUACAUAUGAUUGUUAAUAAUUUACAGCUUAAAAACCGGAAAAGUUAUUUGCAGCGCGACCAUCGCGAGAUUUUAGUAAAGGGUCUCGCAACCAUGUAAACAAACGGCAGAAUGACAUACUGUCACGAGUUUGUAUCAUUUUUACAAUAUAAAUACUACUUUAGGGAAGUGCAUAUCUGUUUAUUCGUAUCAUGUCGACCGGAAUAAUACAGUACAGCAAUGAAACUCUGUAGAAUGCCUCAAUAUUAAACCAUAUGUUAAUGGGUGUGUGAGUUUUAUAUCUGCUAACGUUACAUAUCACAAUGACUGUAACUAUGAAGGCCAUCAAGUCCUACAAGCUCGUGGUGCACAAGAAGGGCUUUGGAGGGAGCGAUGAUGAAUUGAUGAUGAAUCCUAAGGUAUUUCCUCAAGUUAAACUUGGGGAUAUAGUUGAGAUUGCACACCCAAAUGAUGAAUACAGUCCUCUGCUGCUGCAGGUCAAAAGUUUAAAAGAAGAUCUUCAAAAAGAAACCAUCAGUGUUGAUCAGACAGUAGCUCAAGCCUUCAAGUUCAGAGCUUACCAGGAUGUUAUCAUCAACAUUGUGGAUCCAAAGGAUGUGACUUUGGAUCUCGUUGAGCUCACCUUCAAAGAUCAGUAUAUAGGCAGAGGAGACAUGUGGAGACUGAAGAAGGGUUUAGUGAGCACAUGUGCUUAUGUGACCCAGAAAGUAGAGUUUGCGGGCAUCAGGGCCCAAGCCAGUGAAUUGUGGGUUAAAGGAGAGAAAGUUACUUGUGGCUACAUUAGUGAAGAUACAAGGGUUGUAUUUCGGUCCACGUCAGCGAUGGUUUACAUUUUCAUUCAGAUGAGCUGUGAGAUGUGGGACUUUGAUAUCUAUGGUGACCUUUACUUUGAGAAAGCCGUCAAUGGUUUCCUGUCGGAUCUGUUUGCCAAAUGGAAAGAGAAAAACUGCAGCCACGAGGUCACAGUGGUGCUGUUCUCUCGUACCUUCUACUCCGCAAAAUCACUGGAAGAGUUCCCUGAAAUCCAAAGAGCAUCAGUUAGGCAAGAUCACGAAGGACGUUACUAUGAAGACUUCUACAGAGUUGUGGCUCAGAAUGAAAGGCGCGAUGAAUGGACAUCACUGUUAGUCACCAUUAAGAAACUCUUCAUCCAGUAUCCUGUGCUGGUGCGUCUUAAAGGAGCAGAUGGAUUUCCAUGCGGGCAGAACUCCACCGCGGCUCAGGGAAAUUAUCUCGAAGCCAUCAAUUUGUCUUUUAACGUGUUCGAUAAGCACUACAUCAACCGUAACUUCGAUCGUACCGGUCAGAUGUCUGUGGUCAUCACUCCAGGAGUGGGUGUGUUCGAGGUGGACCGUUUGCUCAUGAUCCUCACCAAACAGCGCAUGAUCGACAACGGCAUUGGUGUAGAUCUGGUGUGUAUGGGAGAACAGCCCCUUCAUGCUGUACCACUCUUUAAGUUACACAAUCGCUCGGUGCCUGGAGACUCCAGAAUUGGGGACGACUAUAACCUGCCACAUUGGAUCAAUCACAGCUUUUACACGUCAAAGAGCCAAAACUCUUGCAGCUGUUUCACACCCAGGAUCAAGCUGGCUGGAAAAAAGCUGCACGCUGAGAAAGCCAAAAGCAGCAAGGAACACGCUCUUUGUGCACCCAGAGACACUGAGAACAGUCUUCCCAUCCAGGUGGACUAUGAUGCAUAUGAUGCUCAGGUCUUCAGGCUUCCUGGACCCUCAAGAGCACAGAGAUCCACCAACUUCAGGUCGAGUCGGGAGAAGGAGUCAGCCUGCAGGAAAAGCUGGUGCUCGGCAGAUGUCAGUGGGGGUGUAGUGGGCAGCUCUCCUCCCAUCAGACCCUGGGGACCAGACGAACAGAGAAGCUUGGCAUCAGACGACAGCCUGGGCCACAUAUCCAACAUCCUGCUCAUCCCACGCCCAGCUCAGGGCCAGUAUGAGGUCAGCAGUUCCCUGGGCUACACCAGCUGCACAAGAGAGUUGCUGGAAAAGAUGGUGGACUCCCAGAGGGACUCUAGUGCUCCAGGUCGCUUCACCGUGGGCAGCGCUGAAUCCACCCUGCACGUACGCCCGGGCGGUUACACGCCUCAGAGGGCUCUCAUCAACCCAUUUGCACCAUCACGCAUGCCCAUGAAACUCACUUCUAACCGACGUCGCUGGAUGCACACCUUUCCUGUGGGUCCCUCUGGAGAGGCCAUUCAGAUCCAUCAUCAGACCAGACAAAACAUGGCAGAGCUGCAGGGCAGCGAGCAGAGAGAUCCAGCACGAACAUCAGCCGAGCUGUUGGAACUGGCCUAUCACGAAGCAACAGGAAGCAAGCGGACCACAUCCCGUCAAACAGAUAAUGGGCUGUACAUUAAUGGAGGUCCUGACAUUGUCUCUGGUAGUCCAGCUAGUUGCAACAGCGCUGGAACACCAGUGAACCGUAGUUCCUUUGAAGACUACUCCAGCAGUUCAGAUCCAAUCCUGCUGCUGUCUGCCCCUCCGACAGUGCCUAGCUUCUGUUGUACGGUGGGGGUGGAUUGGAAGUCCCUCACCACUCCUGCCUGCCUUCCCCUUACUACCGAUUACUUUCCUGACCGCCAAACCCUGCAGAAUGACUACACGGAGGGCUGCUACGACCUGCUGCCCCACAGUGACCUGGAAAGGCGUGAAGACGAGGCUCCCGUGAUGACGGCCCAUCAGGUGUUUGAAGAGUUCCUCUGUCAAAGAUUGAUGCAGGGCUACCAGAUCAUCGUACAACCCAAUAACAGGAAACCACAGCCCGCUAUUGCCCCGCCCCUCAGCAGCAGCCCCCUCUAUUCUCGAGGGCUUGUGUCUCGGCGUAAACCAGAGGAUGAAGAAAGUCAGUACUGGCUCAGUAUGGGCAGAACAUUUCAUAAAGUCUGUCUCAAAGAUAAGAUCAUCACCGUCACCCGCUAUCUCCCAAAGUAUCCGUACGAAGCUACACAGAUUCAGUACAGCUACAAUCUUUGUCCUCCGCACGCAGAUGCCAACUUUCUGUCUUUCUGGGUCGAGUUUAGCCACGAGCGUCUGGAGGAGUACAAGUGGAACUAUCUGGAUCAGUACAUCUGCUCGGCUGGCUCUGAAGACUUCAGUCUUAUUGACUCUCUGAAGUUCUGGCGUACACGUUUCCUCCUACUGCCAGCGGGGGGAGCCAGGUGGGUGGCGGAUGGUGAACGUCACUGGGACGUGUAUGGAGAGGGAACAGGGGCGGGGCGUGAUUGCCUCUCUGGCACUGGGGACUGGUGUCUUUUGGACGGAUUUAUACGCUUUUUGGAAGGUCUGAACAGAAUCCGACGUCGUCAUCGAUCUAAUCAAAUUAUCCGUAAAGGAGCUCCCAUAAAAGGCCUGCAGGUGACGGGACCCCUUUCGUCUUACAACCCAGAGCCUGUAGCGCCCCACGUGGGCAAAAAAGGCACAUCCGCCCUCUCUGCACUCCUGGAGUUGGACCAGACGCAGAAGAGUUUGGAAGAGCAGCAGCUUGCUGCUCAGCAUGCUGGGAAACCAUGUGGACCUUUGAGUGAAGCUUCCAGUGCUGCCAUGACAACAACCUGCGUCGAUAGCCCUCGUAAGGACGCUGCCUUCAUUUUGGACUUAAUUCGUAGUCCACGUUCCUCAUACAUCUCGCACUCACAGCUACAGGCUGAACAGGUUCCUGCCAGUACCACUGAGGGUGGAUUGAUGGACAAAGGAAGCAACCAACCAGGUGAGAGAACAGCUGCUACAUCCCAACUCACAGGAGACCAAACCCCAAGCACCAUUUCAGAGACUAGUGGGCAGUCAGGGUCCAGUGGAUUAAGCCUUUCCUCAUCUUCCACCCUAAUGGAGAUCCUGGAAGCCAUUAAGCAUCCCACGACUGGAGUGCAGCUCUUACCCGAACAGAGAGGCCUGCCGCCCAACUGCUUUGUCAGUGCUGAGGUUGUACAUUGGCUGGUCAGCAACGUGGAGAAUGUGGCUACACAGGGCAUUGCCGUAGAAAUCAUGCAGAAAAUGUUGGAUGACGGUCUGAUUACCCAUGCUUCUGGGGAUGUCAUGCGGACUUUUGUCUAUGGCUUCUACUUUUACCGAAUUGUCGACAAAGACUGUGAGAAGGGCCCUACUGCUCAGCUUCCACCACCUGGAGCUAAUGUGUGGUCUGCGGCAGCUUUGGAGGACUUCACCCUCUUCCAGAGAAAGUGGUUCGAGGUGGCCUUUGUUCUGGAGGAACGUCGGCCCUGCGACUUACCCGCCUUCCUGCUGCCCUGGCUGCCCAGUCGGCCAGCCUCGUACGCAAGUAGGCAUAGCUCCUUCAGCCGCAGCUUCGGAGGUCGCAGCCAGGCUGCCGCACUGCUAGCUGCCACAGUUCCUGAACAGAAAACAGUCACCUUGGACGUUGACGUGAACAAUCGCAGCGAUCGGACAGAGUGGUGCAGUUGCUAUUACCAUGGCAACUUCUCUCCCAGUGCCGCCUUUGAGAUCAAACUGCACUGGAUGGCUGUCACCGCAGCCGUGCUCUUUGAAAUGGUGCAAGGCUGGCACCGAAAGGCAGCAUCUUGUGGCUUUCUGCUCGUACCCGUGUUGGAGGUGCCCUUUGCGCUGCCAUCGUACCUGUAUGGUGACCCUCUCCGCGCCCAGUUGUUCAUUCCUCUUAAUAUUCAGUGUUUAAUAAAGGAGGGCAGUGAUAAUUUGUUUGAAGGGUUUGAGCUGGAGACAUACUGGGAAAGAAUGCAGUUGUUUCAGGAGGCCAUACUAUACAGAUUUGGCUUUGUUCAAGACAAGUUCUCAGCAUCUGCUUUUAACUUUCCGGCCGAGAACAAACCACAAUACAUCCAUGUAACAGGUACGGUUUUUCUUCAGUUGCCUUAUUCAAAGAGGAAAUACUCUAGUGGACAACGGCGGCGGCGUAACUCCGGUACCUCAGCCAAUCAGAGCCUGUUUGGUUCUGAGGAUCGAGUAGGCUACAAUUGGGCUUACAAUACAAUGCUGACUAAAGCAUGGAGGACUAGCGCACUGGGGGAUGAGAAAUUAGCUGACCGCCUGCUACGAGAUUUCACAGACUUUUGUGCAAACAAGGAUAAUCGACUGGUGACCUUCUGGGACAGUUGCGUGGAGAAAAUGAACACCAGUGCCCCCUGAGGAUAGGAAAUAGAUACCGUGUCAGAGAAACGGAGGCAAUGUGUCUCUGCAAUGAGAGCUAAUGUACUGCUGCUACCAUCUAAUCACAGAUAAAUAAAGCAAACAGCCACAUUUAA